AAAAGUGAUCGGGUACCGGAUGUUUAUAAAAAAAAUAUUGUUGAAAGACUGUGAUCCACUCAAUCUGAUGAUGUAAAAUCACCCGCGAAGUCGUUGAGAUAAGGCAGAUAGAAAGAAGAAGAAGCAUCUGGUUCCAUCUUCCACUCUCCAAUGGCGACUCUGCAAUUCACCUUCACUGACCCAACCACGUUAUGGAGGCCAUCUCUCCCUUCUUCUUCUAGAACUUCCCAUUCUCGCAACCGCACCAGCUUCGUCGUCAAAGCUUCUUUCGACAUUUCCAGAACCAGGAGACAGCUCCUCGCCGACACCGCAGCAUUAUCUCUGCUACUCCCUUCUCUGCCGGCGAGGUCCGACGAGGCGCUCGCUGAGUGGGAGAGAGUUUACCUCCCUAUCGACCCUGGCGUCGUGCUUCUCGACAUUGCUUUCGUCCCUGAGGAUCCCAACCAUGGUUUUCUUCUGGGUACGAGGCAAACCCUUUUGGAGACUAAAGAUGGAGGAAACACUUGGGGUCCACGAUCUAUACCCUCUGCAGAGGAUGAAGAUUUCAACUACAGGUUUAAUUCCAUCAGCUUCAGAGGGAAGGAAGGGUGGAUAGUGGGGAAACCUAAUAUUCUGCUCUACACUUCUGAUGCUGGAGAAAGUUGGGGAAGGAUACCACUCAGUGCUCAACUUCCUGGUGAUAUGGUGUACAUAAAGGCAACUGGGGAUAAGAGUGCAGAGAUGGUGACUGACGAAGGUGCAAUCUAUGUUACAUCAAAUAGAGGCUACAACUGGAAGGCUGCUGUUCAGGAAACGGUGUCAGCUACUCUCAACAGAACAGUUUCUAGUGGCAUUAGCGGUGCAAGCUAUUACACUGGAACUUUCAAUACUGUCAAUCGCUCUCCAGAUGGAAAUUAUGUCGCUGUAUCAAGUCGUGGUAACUUCUACUUAACCUGGGAGCCUGGUCAGGCAUACUGGCAGCCACAUAACAGAGCAGUUGCCAGAAGAAUUCAGAACAUGGGAUGGAGAGCUGAUGGUGGUCUGUGGCUUCUUGUUCGCGGAGGUGGUCUUUAUCUAAGCAAAGGCACAGGGAUAACUGAAGAAUUUGAGGAGGUGCCUGUUCAAAGCCGGGGCUUUGGCAUUCUUGAUGUGGGGUAUCGUUCAACGGACGAGGCUUGGGCAGCAGGAGGAAGUGGUGUUCUGUUGAGAACUAAUAAUGGUGGCAAGUCAUGGGUUCGUGACAAAGCUGCUGACAACAUUGCUGCAAAUUUAUACUCUGUGAAGUUCAUUGAUGACAAGAAGGGAUUUGUAUUGGGGAAUGAUGGAGUCUUGCUUCGCUACCUUGGAUAGAGCUGUAACUCAACAUGGUUUGUCAGCUCAGAUUGCAAUUUUGUAGCAGAUUACAUAUCCAUGCUUAGUAUUCAUUAUUGUGAAGAGAGCUCUGGGAUUAAAGGUGCUAUGCCCAAAAAUUUGAGAAGAUAUACAAACAAACUUCACCACUGUGAAGAGAGCUAUAUUAUGUAAUGUAACAUUGUAAUUGCCAUGUUACUGUUAAAUUAAUAUGCAAGAUGCUGCAUAUAUUGUACUGCACAAGCAGAAUACUUAGGUUGUUCAUAUUACAUCUACAAAUAUUCUUUCCUGAUAACCA